AUGGAAAUCGAACGGUUGGAAGAACCAUACUCAAUUUCUUUUAGAGACCCUGAAUGGUUACUUACGCAUCACGAAGGAUUGACUUCAGAAAAUGCAUUAGAAUAUUUUGCAGAAUCUCCAUUUUGGGAUCCUCAAAGCAAUAAUGAAAUUCUUAAAAUGCAAACUAAAUUUAAUACUUUAAACUCUUUACCUGAUCAAAGGCCUCCUUUGGAUAUAACGAAGAUGAUAGGUGUUGAAUUCGUUAUUGAGCAGGCAAAUCCACCGUCUUUCUUUUUAAUUAAAAAAUGGAAGAGAAUCAGCGAAACUGAAGCAAUUCCUCUAGCAACUUAUUAUAUAAUUCGAGGAAUUAUAUAUCAAGCACCAGAUUUACAUACGUUAAUUGGAAGACGAAUUUAUGCCAGUUUAUAUCACCUUCAUAAUGUUUUCAAUAAUAUUCAUGAACACGUAAAUUUUCAUCCUGCAACUGGUUACACCUGGAAAAGUAAUGAAGAUGAUAGUCAUGCAACUUUAGGAAAUUCAAGGACCGCACCUUUGGUGGAUAAAGAUUUGAAUGAAUUUCGUCACGCAGCCGAUAUAGCAUAUUGUUCUGUUACACGUAGAUUAUUCGAGGAAAAAGAAAGAGCUAUUGCAAGUGUUCAAGAAGACAAUGAACGAGAACGUGAACGAAUUAAUGAAGCUCUGUUACUUCAACAAACUGCUCUGGAAGAAGAAAAGACUGCGGAUGAAGUAUGA